AUGAGUGAUUCAAGUGGUGUGUCUAAUGACCUUGAAAGGGUACAAAGUAACAGAAGGUUACACUCUGUUGACGUUAUUUGGUUAUUUUUAGGAACAAUAACAACGUUUGGUAUAGUAAUGUCAUCAAUAUCGGCAAGAGUUUACUCACCUGUGCUUAAAAUUCCGCCCGAAAACUCUGGAGCAUUCGAGUCGAAUUUACUCACAAGUUCAAUCUUAACUUCAAGUUUCGGGAUCAUAAUCGCAUUCCUAUUCUUCCCAAUAAAUGUAUUACUGAUUUUCAUCUCACUUGUGCUCACGUUCGUUACAAGUUUUUGUGUGUUCCUGAGUGUAGUAGUGAGGAUAUUUAGCUUUAAAUUCUUCUAUAUAAUGGGAAAUGACAUUGGCUGUACAUUCCUAGGGAUAAUAGAAUUAAUUGGAGUAGCAUCUGUGAAUGAUAAGUUUAUACCCGGAAAUCCUAUUUACAAGAUGUUACUAUAUCAAAUUGGGAAACCAAUAGGAUAUCUCCUAGUCCUAAUAAUCACAUCAUUCUUAGAACUCCACUCUUUUGGAGGUGAAAAAACAGAUUUUCUACAAGAAUCAAACAUCUUCAUGACAUAUCAAAUGAUGAUACUACUUUUACUCGGGAUCCCAAUCCUAAUUGUCAUGCUAUACUAUAGUAUAAAAUCUAAUGAUAAGCAGCAAAAAUGGCGUUCAGGGAACCUAAUAAACUCUUGGAAAACAUGGGAAAAGGCUUCUUAUCUGUACCAAUGCAUUAAGCCAUAUGUCAUCAUAUUAGUCAUCAUUGAAUCUUCCGAAGCUUUCUUCAAUUCAGCCACACUAUUAUUUCUGAUGGACCCGUUUCCACACUUUAAAGCUGCGCUAAAGACGUUGAUAAUAUUCAUUUUACACCAAGUUUUUGACCUGGUUGGCCGCUGUAUUCCACCGAUAAUACAAGAAAUCAUAGGGAAAUACAAUUUAUUCCUGUUUCGGAUACGUUCAUAUGACGAGGAGAGUGGUGAUGGAAAGUCAUAUCUAGACUCAAAUUGUCAUUUAGAACAAGAAAAACUCGCCAUUAGAAUUACUAAAACUUAUACAAUUAGUAAAUAUGUUAUUUGUAUCCUGGUUACUCUUCGGAUUUUCCUACUCCUUUGCAUAUUUUUCCGCAGACAUUUUAAGUCUCAAUUCCUCAAUUUUAUGACCAGUUUCCCAGCCGUAAUACUGGUUACAAUGUACAAUUCUCUGGUAAGAGGUCUCGUAGUCUCCCUAGUCUACACACAGUUAGCUUCAAUUAUUGAGACGGAUGUUCCUCUACCACCGAAGGAGUGGGUUUUUAAGGAUUUAAGUGACUUUGUCGGAAGUUAUUACAGGAAGAUGGAAUUAUAUGUAGAUCCAUACCUGAUGGUAAGUUUAACAAUUGCAAAAGUACGUGUACUGGAGUUAAUACCUUAUGUAUUAUUUAACUACAUUGGAUUCAAGUAUAAUAGAAUUUUAUUUGAGUGUGACUUGUUUUAUGAGCAGUAUGGCCACUGGCCUACGGAUGAAUUUAAGUCGAACUUUGUCAAGUUCAACUGGUGGAUAAAGAUGAUUAUCACACCCAUUCUCGGUGAUAUCAAGAAUCUAUUCGGUAUAUUAUAUAUAAUAUGGCAUAUAGUAAUAGUAGUAAUGGAUACAGUAGUAUGA